AUGAAAAAGCGUAAGCUGCCAUCAACUCCCGCACUUCCUUCCCAGCCUUCUAGAAAAUCUUCUCGACUAUCCGAAAAAACAGUUGACUUCAGCAAUAAUGGGCUUCAAUUAAAAAAGAGUCCUCAUAUAAUAGAAACCCCUUCAAGAAAGACAAGGUUGAAGGGCCUUGGAACUUUGCAAAGUGGUGGUGUGAAAUCAUUUGAGGAACCCGAAUUAGCAGCACCUCAGCCUAUAUAUACUGGUCUUCCGUUGGAAUCCUUCCCAACUGCCAAAAUCAAAAAAGAAUCACUAUGGCCACUGAACAAAAAAAUUAAUGGUAACGGAAUUAACAAAAAGUCGAGAUCUGCAAGUUAUAAUAAUUCACGUAAUUCGUCCGUUACUCCACCAGAUGACAUUACCUCUAUUGACGGGGUUGAACAUGAUUACAAACGAAAUCUUAAAACAUCAAAAUCGGAAGACAUAUCUUCAGUCAGUGAAAUCAGAGAACCUGGACUUCCUAAGAAAAAACCAGGUAAAAAGACAGAAGGGUUGAAGCUCAUUAUCCGUACUCCGAAGAAAAUUAAGUCAAAUCAAACAUCAUCUAAAGCUACUGCGACUACCUCAAACAAAGUUAAGGUUAUCUCGCCUAAAAAACCAAAUAAUACAAAUCUUGCUCCUAUUAACAGAAACGUAAAUGAGCAAGAUACCCAUUCGGAAGGUGAUCCGGCUGAAGAAAAUGAAGAUUUUUGUAAUACGUGUGGUGGUUCAGGUGUCUUCAUUUGUUGUGAUUCAUGUCCAAAAUCUUUCCACUUUACAUGUUGUGAACCUCCUCUUGAAGACUGCCCUGAAGAUAAUUGGCAUUGUAGAGAGUGUGAUUUAAAACAGAACAAUCAACCAAAAGAAAACUGGAAUUUCAUUGGCCUUUUUGGGCCUUUAUUGAAUGAUACUCAGGGCAGAAAUCCGAUUGAAUUUUGUUUACCAAGGAAAUUUAGGGAUUCAACUUUUCACAAUGUGUCCUCUGAUUCUUUUAAUCAUUACAAAGAUGACCUGAUGAAACCAGAAAUAUCAUAUAGCAAGGCAAACGGAUCUCAAAUUUCUGGCUGUAAUAAAGAUGACGAUCUUGAGAUUGAAUCUUUAUACGAUUCCAAAGGAAGACCAUUUCUUUGCCAUAAAUGUGGUGAUUCGGGUUUGAACAAACGUUUUCUUAUCCAUUGUGACUAUUGUCCAUUAAUUUGGCAUUUAGACUGUCUUGAUAACAUUAUGUGCUCCACCAAGACGUUAGGUAGCAAAUGGAAAUGCCCGAAUCAUGUUGAUAAUUUAUUACCUACAUCACUUUUCAAUAAAAGAAACUUUAAGGAUAGUAGUGUGGUUGAGGUUUCCCUUCACAAUCAUUUUUUACAAAUAGCAUCUAUGAAUAAUCUUUUCAUAAAAUAUAAUGACCAGCCUUAUUUCAAGGAUGGUGCAGUCCCUUCAUUUCAAGAUUAUGCUCAGUUUGAGCAUGAAAGUUUCAUUAGAAAUAGUGAGUCUUCCUUUAAAGCUGAGGAUCAAAGAGAAUCCAUGGAUGAUUCCAAUUUUGAUAUUCAUCCCAACUUUAAGCUUCCGGCAUACUUUGAUUCAACAACAAAUUCUGAUGAUAAGGUUGUAGCGAAGGCAUCCAAUAACCUCUCGAAAUUACUAGUAAUCACUGAUAAAUCACAAGACACAGGGGUGACGAAUAAAGGGUUUGUUUAUCGAGUACCCGAAGAAUCUAUUAUUUUGAGUUUUAUGGCCAAGUCAAAAGAAUUACGUAACACUAAUCCAGAAACUGUCCGUACUAAAAAGGCAACUAUUAUGGAAGAAAUUAGCGAUUACGAAAAUAGAAGCCGUUUGGAAUCAAACUCAGAUGAAUUAGAGCUUGUUGAUGGCCUUUCGCAAUUAAAACAAAGUCCCAUAGUACAUCAUCCUUCCAACAAAAUUGAUUUUGAUGAGCUUGUUAAAAUAGCUCUAGAGAGCGAGGGUUCAACUCCAUACACAGAAAAUAAAGAUGUUAAGGAUUCCAUUUCACUGGAGGAGAUUGACGACUUAUUGAAAAUCAAAAAACUUAUUGAAGCAAAAGGGAGAGAAUCCCUAAUAGAUUUUUUAAAGUCAAAUCCGAAACAUUAA